AAGGGAAGGGAGGAUGGUCCCGCUUUAGGGACGUAUUGUGGAGGUUCUAUUCCAUUUUCUGAAAAUAUGAAUCGAUUGUCUAAGAAGAAAGGAGCACCUGUGUCGUUGGAUGAGGUUAUCAUCCACACAAAAACGAAGAAACAUGAUGGUCAGUCUUGGGUAGAUCCAGUUGUUGCUGAAUUGCAGGCUCAAUUUUUGGAGUUGCGGGAGGAAGCUAGAAAAAAAGGGCUUAAAGUCACCGACGAGCAGAUAUGGUACUCACUUGUCGAGGGCCAUAAUGCCAAGAAUCGCGUGCCUGGAGUCGGUGACUACGAGCAUGAAAUGAGGAAGAUGAAUCAGUCUUCGAAACCUCGACGUUCAGCCAAGACUAGCAGCAGCGCAAUGGAGAUUGCAGCACUUAGGGCGAAAAAUGAAAAACUACAAGAAGAAUUUGAUAAUUUGAGAUCGAACUUGACGUUGAUCAUCCAUGAAGAGUUAAAAAAACUUCUUGGUGGUAACCUUCCUCCACGAAGAGAUGAUGAUGAGAGAAUACACGUUGAUGACGAUGAGGAGAACACGGGAAUAUACACCAACACGCAGUCGCAAACUGAGGAGAUACCUCAAGCAACUAACCAAGGUGAUGAAGAAAAUCAAGAGGAAGAAGAAGAACAAGAGGAACACGAACAAGAAGCAACCGAGCUUCCUAUUGCAUGGAGAACAAACAAGAACCAUCCGCUUGACCAGGAAAUCGGCAGCAUCAACCGCGGGGGACGGUUCGAGGUGAAGGAAUCCGAAAGUCAGUUAGGGGGAACCAGCGAUGGGUGGGUUAUACCAUCGCUGGGAGGGAAGUCUUCUCUUUUCCAGAACCCCUCUCCCCAUCGAUGGGUACUUUCUCCCAUCGAUGGCCUAUUCUUCAUAUUUCAUCAAUCAUUCUCCACAAACGCCUCAAUCAUGGCCAGAGGAAAAUCAAAGAGCAAGGCAUCCAAGAAAAAGGUCACCGCUGAAGCCUCAAGCUCUGCACUGCCGUCGUUCCCCUACCUCGACGGAUCUUUCUUGGAGUUCGGGUCGGAGGAGGAACUCACCCGGUUUCUCACAUACUUCGCCAAGCGCCCGAUCUCUCCGCCCCGCGUGCUCCCGGAGCUGUUUCCCCAACAAAAGGGGUACCACGACCUUGACAAUCAACUCAAGGAGUCGGGUUUGUGGCCCUUCGUCUCCAAGAGCCGCACCUCCUACAAUCCCGCUUUCGUUCGGGCAUUCUACUCAAAUCUGCGCCGGCUGCCCAUCCGCGGUGACAACAUCGCGACGUACGGUGGCGACGACUGGAUCCUCAACAACGAGGCGGUCGUCAUUCGCAAGCUUGGGAUCACCAACUUGAUCCGCCACAGCGGCGCGCCGACGAUUCACUCGGCCCCACCAGACAAGCGCCUCCUCCUCUACAUCAUCACCCGGAUUCUUCGCCCCCGGGAUAGCAGCCAUACCUCGCUCUUCAACGAGGAUUUGAAGGCGAUCCAUGCCAUCAUCCACGGCGCCUCCAUCAACUGGGCGAAAUUUGUCAUGAUUCACAUGGCGGAUUGCGCCUCCAUCGCCAACGAGCGGAGCCUGCCGUACGCCUUCCUCGUUAUGGAUCUCUUUAUCGCCUCCGACAUCCACAUCGCCGGACCGGAUACGAAGAUGACGAAGAUUUGGAUCAUCCAAGAUAGCACCUUCCGGAAGAAGUCCGGAGACCAAGACGGCGCCAGACCGAGUCGUGCCCGUGCCCCAGCCCGUGCCCCUGUCCCCGCUCCCGCCCGGGCCUCGUUGCAGUCCAUAGCCGAUACCCUGAAUCGGCUAACCCUCACGGUGGACGACAUGGGGCAGUACAUGGAGCGGAUGAAUUGGACGCUGCAACGUCAACACCAUGACAUGACGGCGUUCUUCCGCGGCAUCAACUACGUCCCGCCGCCCUUUGACAGCACCAUCCUCGGCCAAAACUUUGAGGGCAAGGGUGAGGACGACGACUCCUACGCUCCGUCCUCCUCUCCUGACGAGGCCGACUUUGAGGACGCAGUCGACGGCGAUCCCAUGGACGUCGAGGACGACGAGGAUGACGAUGACGACGAGAACAAGGACGCCGAUGCCUAGACUCUUCAUUUCUUCCCUUUCCUUACUAUGAUUGUUUUUGUUAUUUCCAUCCCGUUGUAUUCCGCAUUUCCCUUUCUUUUAAUGAAUAAAAGUUUACUUUUAAAAUUCUAAAGUUUACUUUCAAUUCUUUUUGUUAAUGUCAAAAGGGGGAAGAUAUCAAGGUUAUGCAUAAAUUGAGGGGGAAUUU